AUGAUUGGUGAACUUCGAGCAUCGCGCACAGAUACCUCAUCCUCGACAUCGUGCUCCACCACAAUAGAGGCAUCGUCCUCCAAUGUGUCCCUCCAGCCGAAGCGAUGCAUCAGCUACAUGACGAUGCAGACGCUGCACGAUAUGCGGCUGAGUGAGACGCUUUGCGAUGCAUCCAUCGUGCUGCCAGAUAAUGGCCACGAGUUUCGCGUACAUCGUGUCAUCGUGGGAUCGUGCAGUGAAUAUUUCCGCAUCCUGUUCACGACGUCGGUGCCGAGCGAGAAAUACCUUCUUGCGAUACCGGGUAUACCCAGUUCCGUGAUGGAACAGACCAUCCGGUACGCGUAUCUGCGCGAGUGUGAUCUGACUGAGGAUACCGUGUACGAUGUGUACGCGGCGGCCGACUUUCUGCUCAUGAACAGCCUUAUAGAGCAUUGCUCCGUGUACAUACUGGACCGGUUACGUCUAGACAACUGUGUCACCAUGAUGUUAUUCGGCAGACAACGUGCAUCAAAAACACUGCAAGAUUCGGCCCGGCUGUUUAUUCUGAAGAACUUCCCAAGGCUCGCCCAAGACGCCACCAAUAGUAAUGAGCUACUGCAGCUCGACGUGGACGAUAUCUGCCAGCUGCUCGCUGAUGAUCUUUUGAAUGUGCGUGAAGAAGAUACGGCUUGGGAGUUUUUAUUGCGUUGGAUCGAACAUGAUCCAGCCAAGCGAAGCAAACACAUCUGCCGGCUGAUGAAAACGGUUCGCUUCGGGUUGCUAAAUACGGAGUAUUUCCUAGAUAAGGUGAAAGGAAAUCAGUACGUGCUGGCGAGCGAUGAGACGAAACCAUUGGUGAUUGAAGCGUUAACCUUUCUGUACGACCUAGAAAUGAUCAGUACCAAAGCUAUGAAAGAGAUGAAAACUCCUGCAAUCGCAAUGCCUCGGUUACCGCACGAAGUGAUAUUCACUGUCGGCGGUUGGGGCGAGGGUCAAUCGCAAUCCAUCGUUGAAACGUACGACACGAGGGCAGAUCGCUGGAUAAAGGUGUCCAAUGAAGAUCCGGCUGGGCCACGCGCAUACUACGGGGCAGCUUACAUCGGGCGCUAUCUCUACUUUGUUGGAGGCUAUGACGGAGUGGAACAUUUCAACACCUGUCGUCGGUACGAUAUGGUGCUUAAGGACUGGCAGGAGAUUGCCCCAAUGCACUGCAAACGAUGUUACGUCAGUGUGGUCGCCCUGGACGGUAUGCUCUACGCGAUGGGAGGCUACAAUGGUUCCAAUCGGCACAACUCAGUCGAACGGUACGAUCCCCGCACUAACCAAUGGACGCUGAUCGCACCGAUGGGUUCUUUGCGUUCGGAUGCUGACGCCUGCACACUGAACGGCAUGAUCUACAUUGCCGGCGGGUUUAAUGGGCACGAGUGUCUCAACACUGCCGAAAUGUACGACCCGCAGGCGAACAGCUGGUCCCCGCUGCCACCGAUGCUGCAUCGCCGAUCGGGCGUUUCUUGUACCGCUCUCGGUGGAGCGUUAUAUGUGGUCGGUGGAUUCAAUGGGCUCAUCCGGUUGAAUAGCUGCGAACGGUACGAGCUGGCUACGAGGCGCUGGACAGCCUGCGCGGAGAUGUUCCACCAGCGGAGCAACUUUGGUCUGGAAGCUAUCGACGAUAUGCUGUUCGCGAUCGGUGGCUAUGACGGUGUAAGUGCGAUCGCGUACGUUGAGUGCUACAGCCCGAACACAAACGAAUGGUUUGAGGCAGCCGACCUGAGCAUGAUGCGGUCCGCAUUCCGAGCAGUCACCGUAUCCGGGCUACCGAACAUCCAGGACUACGUGCAUUCGAACAGAGAAAAUUCCCCACCCGCGAGCGAUGUCGAGGAUGAGCUGGACUAG